AUGACCGCUGCUGUUAUUGUUGGCUAUGUGGUGGGGGAAGUGGCGGCCCCCUCUUUCAUUGUUCUGCUCUCUCACACCCCUUUUAAUCUGCUCUUUCCGUAUGCCCCCUCUCUCACCCAUUUUCCCUCCAUGCGCACUCUCCCCCCCCCAACCCCUUCUUUCUCCCCGUCUAUCUCCCCAUCUGUACCCCCAGCUUCCCCACCUGGCCCCCCUGCCGCGUCUACUGGGGGAGGGGGAAUGACGACUGCUGCGAUCGUGGCUCCCCCACCAACCCCCGCAGUGGCGCCCACUGGGGGAGGGGGCAUGACUACUGCUGCGGUUUAUAUCCUCAGCUCUUGCCCCCAGUGCCCUGCUGGUGCUCCUGUGGAAACAGAGGUGAGUGCAAUCCAUUAUGUCCACUGCUGUUCUGCUGCGAUCGUGGGCAUCGUGGUGGUGGGGGGGGGGAGUGGUGGCGCUCCCUCUCAUGGCUCUGCUACUCGUGUGGCUGGUGCUGCUGCUAAGGAACAGAAACAAAGACCCGUGGGGUCCAGAGGACUACAAGGCUGUAGAAGGGCUGCAGGUGCUGGGAGUGCGCCGUUCAAGCUCAAGCUGAAGCAAAGUGUGCUUCGCAUCCCUCCCUACUCCUCCCCACCCCUCCCCACUCCUCCCCACCCCUCCCCACUCCUCCCCACCCUUCUUCACCCCUCUCCACCUCUUCCACCUCUGUGCUCUCCGCAAUAUCAGACCUGUGGAGGACUACAGGGCGAUCGAGGGGCUGCAGAUGCUGGCUCGGAGGACUACAAGGCGAUCGAGGGGCUGCAGGCUCUGGGGGUGCACCGGUGCAAACUUAAGGAGAUAGCCGAUGCCACCCAGGGGUUCAAGACGCUGCUGGGGGAGGGCGGAUACGGACAGGUGUACCGAGGAGUGCUGGAAUCAGGGGAUGUAGUGGCAGUGAAACGAGCCAAGGGGCAUGUGAAGCUAUGCGGCACGGAGUUCCGCAAUGAAAUACAGCUGCUGUCAGCCGUGCGCCAUCGCAACCUGGUGGCUCUGAAAGGGUUCUGUGUGGAGGCGGGCGAGCAACUGCUGGUUUAUGAAUUCAUCGAGAGGGGCACGUUGGAAGACAUGCUGAGAGCCGACUCAAAGCACCAGUUGACGUGGCGGCAACGGGUCAACAUCGCCUGUGGUGCAGCCAAUGGGUUUGCAUACCUGCAUCAUCAGAUCAAGCCGCCCAUCAUCCACCGUGAUGUGAAGACGGCCAACAUCCUGAUCACAGCAGACCUCGAGGCCAAGGUGUCAGACUUUGGAAUCUCCAAAGCUGUUCCAGAGGAGGCGGAGAGAGGGGGGAAGCUGGAGACACAAGUGAAAGGAACGGUGGGUUACUUGGACCCUCAGUACUUCCAAUGUGACCUUCUGACUGAGAAGAGCGACGUCUACAGCUUUGGAAUCGUGCUGCUAGAGCUUGCCACUGGUCUUCGCCCGGUGACCAACGGGGAGCACAUAAGAAGGAUCGUGAUCGAUAGGGUUACCAACGAGGGCGGCGUGAACAGUGUUAUGGACCCGGUAUUGAAAGCCAUGUGUGAGGGGCAGCAAAGGGGUGAGGGGGGAGGAGCAGGGGGGAGAGGAGGUGGAGGAGGAGGUGGAGGAGAAGGGGGAACAGAAGGCGGAGGGGAAGGGGGAGGAGGAGGUGGGGGAGGUGGAGAGGUGGGGAUGAGUGAGGGAGGGGCAUUGGAGGAGACGUGUGGAAGCGAGGCACUGGAGGAGACGUUUGAGUGGUUUGUGCGGCUGGCAAUGCGGUGCAGCUUGAAGCAGGUUCAGAACCGACCCGACAUGCAGCAGGUUUUGAAGGAGUUGGAAGGGAUUAAGAGGCGGUUGAACCGGGUUUCUGCUUCUCGUGCUGCUGGCGCUGGUGGUGCUGGUGGUGGUGCUGGUGCUGGUGCUGGUGCUGGUGCUGGUGGUGCUGGUGCUGGUGGUGAUAGUAGCAGGCGUGACAACGGCGAAGGGUACAAUUGGGAGGAGGAGCCUGCGUGUGCGACUAAGUCCCAAACCAGUGAUAAAUUCUGGAAUGAAAUUGCUGCUGCAGCGACGAGAGGGGCUGCAAGGGAGGAUUGGGGUGAGGAGGACGAGGAGGAGGAGGUUUCGUGGUAUGAGGAGCGGAUGAAGCUGCAAGGAGGGAAGGGUGGGACGUCGAGCAGUGGUGGGGAUGGGUUGAGUCCGAAUAUGAAAGGGGAGAAGAGGAUGGGGAUUGGGUGGGAGGGAGAGGGAAAGGGGGGUAGACAGAUGGUAGCAGAAGCAGCAGGGUGGGGUGGCAGCAUGGGAUGUCGAGCAGUGGUGGGGAUGGGCGCAGUCUGA